UUCCAGAUCUCUGUCCUCUCCGCUCUAUACAUGGCCAGUGGAAACACGCCACACGGACUACCUUUGCUUCGGGAAGAGAAUUGAAAAGCCAAGAGGUGUAGCUGUGUAUGCUGCAACUGAAGAAACACGGAGUACAAAAAGGAGAGUAGUGGUUACUGGAGUUGGUGUGGUAUCGCCGAUUGGGCAUGAUGCAGAUUUGUUCUAUCAUCAUCUUCUUGAAGGUGUUAGUGGCAUUACUGAGAUUCAGGCUUUCGAUUGUUCUAAAUUUCCCACCAGAAUUGCAGGGGAGAUCCAGAACUUUUCUGCUGAUGGGUGGGUUGCACCUAAACUUGUUAACAGAGCAGAUAAAUCCAUGCUUUAUAUGCUCACAGCCGGAAAGAAAGCUCUUGUGGAUGGUGGAGUGACAGAAGAUGUCAUGUCUGAGUUGGAUAAAUCUAAAUGUGGGAUUUUAAUUGGUUCUGCACUUGGAGGUCUCAAGGUUUGUAGUGAUGCCGUGGAGGCCGCACGGGUUUCACACAAAAAAAUGAAACCUUUCAGUAUUCCUUUUGGUUCACACAAUAUGGGAUCUGCCAUUCUCGCAAUGGAUUUGGGUUGGAUGGGUCCAAACUAUGCCAUAAAUGCAAAUGGUGCAACAAGCAACUUUUGCAUCCUUAGUGCUGCAAAUCACAUUGUGAGAGGCAAUACGGAUAUGAUGCUUUGUGGUGGAUCAGAAUCUGCACUUAUUCCUAUAGGACUGGGAGGCUUUAUUGCGUGUCAGGCCCUUUCAAAAAGGAACAGUGAUCCAACAAGAGCUUCUCGUCCUUGGGAUAUGGAGAGAGAUGGAUCUGUUUUGGGAGAAGGAGCUGGUGUGUUACUCUUGGAAGAACUUUAUCACGCACAGAAAAGAAGGGCAAAGAUAUACGCAGAGAUCUUAGGGGGAAGCUUCACUUGUGAUGCUUACAAUGUGACCGAUCCACACCCAAACGGAGCUGGUGUUGUUAUGUGCAUUGAGAAGGCCUUAGCCCAAUCUGGGUUGAGCAGAGAAGAUGUCAAUUAUAUCAAUGCCCAUGCCUGCUCAACCCCAGCAGGUGACCUCAGAGAGUAUGAAGCUAUAAUUCGUUGUUUCGGGCAUAACCCUGAGCUUAAAAUUAACUCUACAAAAUCUAUGAUUGGUAACCUCUUAGGAGCUGCUGGUGCAGUGGAAGCUAUUGCGACGAUUAAGGCUAUCCAGACAGGGUGGAUCCAUCCAAACCUCAACCUUGAAAACCCUGAUAAAGACUUUGACACAAACGUGGUGGUUGGUACAAAGAAGGAACGACUGGGCAUAAAAGUGGCGCUUUCUAACUCAUUCGGAUUUGGAGGACUGAACUCUUGUAUUCUAUUGGCGCCCUUUAAUGGUUAACCGCCUUGUUUUUGGCCUUCACCUUUUCUAUACCCGAAAAUAUGGUUUCUUUUCUAUAUCAGCAGGGAUGAUAUUUUUUAGUUUUUACACCCCUUUCUUGAAAAGGCUAGUCAUUUUUUUAUCAUCUGAUUUGCAUACCAUAAAUUUAUCUUAGGAGAGACUUGACUCUAUCUUUUAUCAAACCUCCAGGAAUAGUAACUGGC